AGAGCAUACUCUGCUCUGAUUGGUCAGAUGUCCCCGUCUGUUGUGAUUGGUCUACCACUGUCAGCGUGUUUCGAAAAGGAAACUCUCACUACCGUAACAAGUUUCAGCUCCGCUUGUCAGCAAGCAGCCAAUCAAGACCAGAGGGAUCAAGGACACUAUUAUCGCAGACUGCAGAAAAUCAGAAGUAUGGAAGAUAAUGAUGCUGGACAGGUUCACCACACGGCUCCUGUCGUCGUGCUGUAAAAUGGCUGACCUGAUGUCUGAGGGCAUCACUAUUGUGGAGGAUUUGCUUAAAACUAGAGAGCCAGUCCUGGAGAUGAAGGCUAUCUACUUCAUGUCUCCUACUGCCGAGUGCGUAGAUGCAUUGAUAAACGACUUCAAGCUCAAACCCAAGUACAAAGCUGCAUACGUGUACUUCACUGACUAUUGUCCAGAUGAGCUGUUCAACAAAAUGAAACAGUUCUGUGCAAAACACAUCAAAGUGUGUAAAGAGAUCAACAUCUCCUUCCUUCCCUUAGAGACUCAGGUGUUUACCUGUGAUAAACCUAAGGCCUUCGAAAGCAUCUACAGCAGUAACAGUCAGGAUCGAGGGCUAACCCUAGAGACCAUCGCAGAUCAAGUCGUCAGUCUGUGCGCCACCCUGGAUGAGUACCCUGGCGUCCGAUACAGGAAGGACUCGGUGGCGGAUUAUGCUAAAUUGCUGGCUGAGCUUGUGGACAACAAACUAGCCCGAUAUUAUGAGCUGGACGACAGCAGCAAGAAGAAGGAAAAGACCCAAGCUCAGCUAAUCAUCAUCGACCGUGGGUUUGACCCCGUGAGCCCGAUACUGCACGAGCUGACCUAUCAGGCCAUGGUUUACGACCUUAUACCCAUCAAUAAUGACACCUACAGGUACAAAGCGAAGGACGGAUCCGAGAAAGAAGCGUUACUGAACGAUAAUGACGAGCUAUGGAUGAAGCUGCGACACAUGCACAUCGCUGAGGUCACCGCGCAAAUUCCCAAACUGGUGAAGGAGAUCUCUGCUAACAAGAAGCAGUCUGAUGGGAAGAUUUCGAUAGGAGGUUUAGCCCAGCUCAUGAAGCAGAUGCCCUCGUUCCGUAAACAUAUCUCUCAGAAAACGGUUCAUCUCACUCUAGCAGAGGACUGCAUGGACAAGUUCAACAAUUCCGUGGAGAAGCUGUGCAAAGCUGAGCAGGACCUUGCCGUCGGUGCUGACGUAGAAGGUCAGAAGGUGAAGGACCCUAUGAGGACACUGCUGCCCAUCUUGCUGCACCCCCACAGCACCCAUGACAAGAUCCGUGCCGUGCUGCUCUACAUCUUCAGCCUCAACGGAACAACAGAGGAGAACCUGAAUAAGUUAAUUCAGCACGUGAAGAUUGAGGCAGAGCCAGAGUACAUCACCAACUGGAAAGACUUAGGGGUGCCUAUCAUCAGCUCGCAGAGUAUGUUCUCUUUCCGGAAGCCGACCAGAAGAGAUCGGUCGCAGGAGGAGACGUACAACCUCUCAAGAUGGACGCCGGUUAUCAAGGAUGUGAUGGAGGACGUGGUGGACAAUAAGUUGGACACGAGAGAUUGGCCGCACCAGUCCGAGUGUCCGUCUGCAUGGAAUGGAUCUCGAGCUGUGAGCGCACGGCAAAAACAUAAGCCGAGCUCCCCGGAUGACCACAGGAGCGGCUCCCGCCUCAUCAUCUUCAUCCUGGGCGGAGUCAGCUACUCAGAGAUGCGCUGUGCCUACGAGGUCUCCAAAGCCAAGUCCUGUGAAGUCAUCAUCGGUUCCACUCACAUCCUGACUCCCACCAACCUGCUGAAGGACAUUCGAGACCUGAGCAAAAAAUCCAUGGAGACUUUCACAAUAGUGGACGAGAAAGCCAGCUGCUGAGCGUCGGGAUGUUGGAAACCCUCAUGCUUCCUGUCCUCAUCCUCUUCGUACCUUUACCCCCCCCCCCCCCCCCCCGACUUUCUCUUUCUCCAAAGCAUCCAGCACUCAGUGUCUCUGCUAGAGGAUUGAAGGGAAUUCAGAUGUGAUCGGUUUUUAAGGGCUUCCCCGAGUUCCGUUCCACUCUACAAACCUGGGACAGGUAAUCACGAGCUAUGAGACUACCUGCCUCAGGCGUAAUAGAAGAGCGUGGACGGACCGGAAGGAGAUCCGCGAGUACUCAGGCCUCUUCAUACAGCUUGAACAAACGUCAGACUCUAAAUGUUUGAUGACGAUUCCAGCUGUGAUAGUUUAUAUGAGAAAACAUCAGGUGAGUGGUUGGGUUGACAUUGUUCAGGUUGUGUGAAGAUUGCCAUUAAAGGGAUGCUGCAGUGACCAAGCCAACAUGUACACCAUUUUCCUCGACGUUUGGCGUCUGACCUUCGCUUCCUACGAGGAUAACGUAGCAAAAGAGAUCGUGUAGAAUCGGUCUCACCCAAAACGUUUUUUUGUAAACACGUGAAAAUCUGCAUAUAUAUAUUCACAAUUGUGCUCUUUUUGUAAAGUACAUUGUCAUGUGGUAUUGAUUUUGAUUGGUCAGAAGGGGUGAAUUUUUCUAUAACAGCAGCUCUGACAAUAGUGCAGCUGCAAAUCGCAGGUUUAUGUUGCCGUUUCUAUGGAAGGAGUCUCCAGUGUCAGUGCUAUGUAAUGGCGGUAAGUUUAUGCUUUGCGGAACAACAGUUUAUAGCUGCUAUGACGUAACCGGAACCGACAGGUUUUUCCGAAUUGUUCUAUAACUGGAUGACGAUCUUAGGAUAAAAAGCCGUGGUCGAUUGCUGCGACAUUAGAGGAAUAAAACACCUCAACAUGCCGUUAGAGGAAAAUCCUAUUUAAAAAUUUAAACGAAAGUGUGAUUCGCGGUGUCCAAUAUGGCUGCCUCUAGAACGUUAUAGAAUUCAUUUACACUUUCAGAUUCGUUCAUGUUUGAAGAAGAGAUUCUGUACGGGGGUUUCUAUCACUACAUUAGCUUUGUAGCAAAUGAGUCAGAUACGAGAUGUGUGUGAUUUUUGGUGUAAAUUUGACUUUUCACUUCAGCAACUCUUUAACAUGACAUUAGUGUCAUGUUGAAGCUGAUCAUUCUUGCAAGUAUUUAGUUGACAAAUUGUACUAAUGAUAGCACUGUCUGUGCUUAUUAACCUCCUCAUGUAUUUCUACGUUACACUAAAUUGCUGCGUUUCUUUUGCGUCUUGUUCCGUAAUUAUCUCUGCACUGCUUUGUGUGACUACUUUUGGGUAACUACGCGCACACUUUGAUUGAAAAGCAGCGCUGUUGCAUCACGACCUGGUGUAACUGGAGUCCAGAUUUAAUAUAUUCCUAAUAUGUACUGAAUUCUGGGCUGUACCAUGGAGUCUGCUUUAGUCCUCCAGGAAAGAGAACUGUGCCCCUAAUUAUGCAAAACUAUACUUUUUUUUUUUUUUUUUUUUUUAAAGUGUCUGAUAUUUCAUUUUAUUUUUACAUAUUACACAUUAAAGACAGGAUCGUUUCCCACAACCAGCUCUGGGCCUUAACUCGUGUGCCUUGUUUGAAUUGUAUAACAAACUGUACAUACACUAUACUUAUACGUAUGUCUGUGAAGAAUAACCAGAUUUGUGUUUUGUUUCAUUGCAGUUGUGCACAUGAAUGAAUUUAUUUUUUAACAAAUGUAAUUAUUAACACAACUUUCUAUUGAACAACUGACAAGUAAACGAAUGACGUGGUUCAAGUGUCA